AUGCCUCUUCUGAGAGUCUGCGGGUCGAGCAUCUUCGCUUUCAUUAUAUGGAGGCUCAUUAAACGUCUUCGUGCUCUAAACUCUCCUCUCACUCACAUCCUCGGACCAAAGAAAGAGCAUUGGCUCAAAGGCAAUUAUCACCGUAUAUUCCAAGAUGGUCUGCGGUAUAACCUUGAUUUGGUUCAGAAAUACGGCGGGGUAGUCAAGAUUUACGCCCUUCUUGGCCAAGAGCAACUGUACAUAUCAGAUCCACUUGCUUUGCAUCACAUCAUUGUGAAAGAGCAAAAUGUCUACGAGGAGACCGAUAUGUUCAUCAUGAGUAAUCGACUCAUCUUUGGCGAAGGCCUUAUAGCUACUCUUGGCGAACAACACAGGAAGCAGCGUAAGAUGCUAAAUCCAGUAUUUUCUCUCGCAAAUAUGCGUGGUUUGCUCCCUGUAAUCCAGCCUAUCGCUGAUCAACUACACACAAUUUUGAAUGCACAAAUUCCAGCUGAUGGCUCGGUCGUGGAGAUUAACUUACUUCCGUGGUUGUCGAGAGGGGCAUUGGAAUACAUAUGUCAAGCAGCGCUCGGACACUCAUUCAAUGCACUGGAUGCGACAAAAGGAAACGAAUACUUGGAAGCCAUCAGGACACUUGCACCAUCCACACUUCGUCUAAUCUUCCUCCGUCCAUUUAUUCCAAUGAUUGUGCGACGAUUUUCCUUGUAUUGGAGGAACAAGAUGAUGGAUUGGGUGCCGGGUGACGCAUUGAAAGAUCUUCGUCAUGUGGUAAACGUGAUGGACACCACCAGCAAGAAGAUUUUCACCGAGAAGAGAGCAGCCUUAGAGAAUGAAGGCUUCGUCGGAAUCGCGGGGAAUCGCAUGCAAGGUAAAGAUAUAAUGAGUAUCAUGCUGCAAGCCAAUGCGUCUUCUUCCAGUGACGAUCGAUUGACAGACUCGGAAUUGCUGGGCCAAAUGAACACGAUCAUCUUCGCGGGCUUCGAGACCACUGCCACUGCCAUAUGCCGCAUUUUUUGGAUCCUGGCCCAAAAGCAGGACGUUCAGGCACGACUACGAAGCGCAGUCCGCAAGGCUAAACGAGACUAUGCGGAUGCGCAGGGCCUGUCUAGCCCUUGGGAAGACGUAGAAUUACCCUAUGACAAGCUUAUGGGGCUGCCUUAUCUAGAUGCCAUAGUCCGUGAAACACUUCGAGUGUAUCCACCGACUUCUCUUCUCAGUCGAACUGCUCGUCAGGCUUCCGUUCUUCCAUUGCACCAGCCAAUCAAGUCUGCAUCUGGCGAAAUGAUUUCUUCGAUCCAUGUUCCAGAAAAUACGACGCUUAUAAUUUCUAUCUUGGCUUCGAAUCACAACAAGGAGAUCUGGGGCGAGGAUGCCUCGGAAUGGCGUCCAGAACGAUGGUUGUCACCUUCUGGGGAGCGCCUUCACCUUGGAGAUGGUGAAGGUAACCCUACGAACGGUGUGAGUCUGGGGGUCAAGAAUGGCAUCAAAUAUCCUGGUGUGUAUGGUUUGAUGAUGACGUUCCUCGGAGGCGGCCGUGCUUGCAUCGGCUUCAAGUUUGCGGAGAUGGAAAUCAAACAAGUCCUCACGACGCUCAUCCCACGAAUACAUUUCGCGCUGCCUGCAUCGACAGAUAGAAAUGGACACGUCAAGGAGAUCUACUGGAAGAUGAACGGGCUACAAGUUCCGGUAGUACGACCACCAGCUGGGGACAACGUGACAGCUCAAGUUCCAUUGGACCUAAGAAAAGUACGCGAGCAAGACUUCGUAGUGAAUUAG